GUUAUUUUUCUCCCCUUAGUGAGAGUGUAUUUGAUUUUCAAUCGAACCCGGGACAGACGUAUUGUCGUCUACCGAUCUACGGGAAGGAAGUGAAUGGCAGUUGAGUGUUGUAGUCUAUGUGCAUGGUGUAGGUAACUCGCAGGUGCGUCAAGUGGCAACCAUGCCAGCAGUUUAAAUUAAGGAAAUUGUUUCUCUAAUCUGCGAAAGCAGCAAAACCCAUCCCGGUUGUGUUUAUCGGCAAAUAUUAUUGUUCAUCAAGCGGGAGGCGGCAUCUGUGCAUAAAGUAGGAAAUGAAUUCCUUACGUGUUUUGCUGCCGUUGUGACAAGUGUUCCAUUUCCCAGGAUCCUUACCCUUACUGUGCGCGAGGAGAUUCUGCAUCGUUCUCCACCCGCUGGUCGUUCUUGCUCGCUCGUUCUUUAUCGCCACCUGUCCCAUUUCGAUCGUGUUUCGUACGAGUUGCCAUGGCAGCAGCAUCCUGCCGGUGAAGCGAUGUGUGUAGUGGUAGUAGUAGUAGCAGUACGGUGCAACGGCUGUGCUGUGUGAGUGUGCCUUUCGCGCUGUUGUGUGCUGCUGCUAGAAUAUUGCUCCACGAGACCGGCACCAUGUCCCUUCGGCCACUUCGCAGCGUCAUCGGUUCGUCCAUCGCCUGGCGGUUGCUGCUGGUGACGGUUCUGCUCUGUGGAUUACCCCCGCCAGUGACCGGCUACUUCGAUCUGUUUCUCAACCACUCGGAAGUGAUCAAACUGAUGGGCAUCGAGGCAGAUCUGUUUUACGUGCGGGACGGUGCGAUCAAUGACUACGCCAUGAGCUUCGUCGUGCCGAUGAAGCCCGGCAUAGACUUUCUACGCUUUUCCUGGCAAAGCCGUACAACCUACCCGCUUCCUUACACGAUAUCGGUACACUACGAUGACAACGAGGGAGCGCUGCAGCAUCCCGAGCUGGACAUUCCGUCCAGCGGCAUCAUCCCGAUGACGGUCGAAAGCUUCACCGUGCAUCUCGUCUGCUGGGGCAACGUGACCAAGGAGGUGCCGGUUGGCAUCCAUCUGCACGUCGAGGGCCCGCCCAAGCAUAACGACACGAAGUUGAUUAUCAAGCGCAACAAAAUUUGCAUCAAAGGCAUGCAUCCGGCAAGAAAUCGUCUCCCGGCGGCUGAAAUAGCACCACAGCAAGGACCGGCUCUACUGGGAGCGGCUGCCUGUGCACUGGGGCUCGUGCUGGUCGUCGGACUCAUUGCCAGUGCGAUGUACGUGCGUGCCCGGAAGCAGAUUCGGCAGGACUCGCUGCACACCAGCUUCACCACUGCGGCGUACGGUAGCCACCAGAAUGUGUUCAUCCGGCUGGAUCCCUUGGGACGGCCGCCCAGCGCGAACAGUGGUUCCUACGCAACGAUAGCGAGCCUCAACAAAUAUCCCAUCAGUGAGUCGAAAAAGUCGUGGUUUCGCAGCACCCCUUCACCGUCGCCGUACGCGACAGCGCUGCUGCCCCUCGGGCAGAACGGUACCGCCGGAACGGGGACGGAGUCGGUCUACGCCAAGCCUGAAUCGGUCUGUCCAUCCCGGGUGUCCUACUACGCUUCAUCCCAGUUAACUCAGGUCUACAGCCUAUCGACGCCAGCGCGAAGCAUCCACAGCAACGGCUCGAACCCGAAGGACAAGCUGCGACGGAUUGCCGUGUCCCCGGGUACCAUCCUCUGCCAGCAGCUCGUCCAGGAGGGCACGUACGGCCGGAUCUACAGCGGCAUCCUGCAUCAUCCGCUCGGUGAAACGCGUGACGUGCUGAUCAAAACCGUGGUCGACGGUGCCUCGCUAAGCCAGGUGGCUUAUCUGCUGUCGGAAGGAUCGACCCUGUGUGGCAUCUCCCAUCCCAACAUCCUGUUCCCGGUGGCGGCCGUUACCGAGCUUUCGGGGCCACCGAAAGUCGCCUACCCACUGGCGGCCAAAGGAAACCUCAAACUCUACCUGCAAAGCUGCCGGGAGAUCGGUAUUCAAAAUUCGCAGCUCAGCACCCGACAGCUGGUGGAGUUUGGGCUGCAAGUAGCCCGUGGCAUCUCGCACCUACACUCGCUCGGCGUACUGCACAAGGACAUCGCUACCCGGAACUGUGUCCUAGACGUCGAGCUGAACGUUCGUGUUUGUGAUAACGCCCUGUCCCGGGACGUCUUCCCGAGCGACUACCACUGUCUGGGGGACAACGAGAACCGGCCGAUCAAGUGGAUGGCGCUGGAAACGCUCGAGAAGAAGUUCUUCACCGCAUCGAGCGACAUCUGGAGCCUGGGGGUGCUGCUCUGGGAGCUCGCGACGCUAGCCGCGAUGCCGUUCGAGGAGGUGGACUGUUUCGAAUUAUCGGCUUACCUACGGGAUGGCUAUCGGUUAGCACAGCCCGUCAACUGUCCGGAUGAGUUCUACACGGUAAUGUCCUGUUGCUGGCUUGCGGACUACAAGCAGCGGCCAUCGUUCCCCCAGCUAAUUGCCUAUUUGCACGACUUUCAUGACGACCUGGGCAAGUACAUCUAGGGUGUGGCUGCUGCCCCACACCUCGCCAGGUUCCAGGGCUAGCCAAGUUUCGAUCAGCCCCCGAGCGUUCGAUUGAGACAAGCAGCGCAGUGGCACAAAACAAAUGGCCGCCCCCGAUGGUUCGUCCCGUUUUGGCUGGAGUCGUCCGUGAAAUUCCACAUCACGUCUGUGGCUGGUGCAUGCAUACGGAAGACACUUCAGCACAUCAACGCGACGUCCGCCGCGUCGCGAUGAGAAGAGUUUUACCACAUUGCCACACAGCAGAGCAAUCGGCGACAAAACGUGACAAAAUGGUAGCCGCCGAUCGAUUCGCAAAAAAAGAAGCGCAACAUGUCGGUUGCGAACGCAGCUGCUGGGGGAAUACACAAAGAAGUGGCAUCGGAAUUGAUGCAAUAUGGAGGAGGCGAACCCGUGUACACUCAGGCCAACGCAGCACCAAGAGAAUGUUCCUCAAUUAAUGGUAAAAAUGGAAGGGUUAGACAAGAAAAAAAAACCGGCCCAAACCUUCGUCAGAAACUAGCACGUAUAACUAAACUCGAGUGAAAUGACGGUGGUGGUGGUGGUCGUGUAGCACAUGUUGCACCGGAAGCAACAUUGUCCAGUUUAAAAAGCACACACACGGUACGUACGUAGUUCGAGGUACGCUUGAGUGGAUCGAUCGUGUCUCGAUUGAGAAAUAGCAGUUAAGUUAACGUAACAAAAAAUCGUUAUAUAUGUCGUUAAAGAAAAAUAAAGUGGUGUAAAACGAUAAAAAUAGAAGCAGUGAAAAUGAAAACAAAAAACAAAAAACAAAACGAAGCGACUAUGAGAAUAUCCGAGCGAAUGAGUGAUAAAUCAAAACAAACGACAAAAACAUAAAUCAAAUAAAACAAAGUGGAAGUUUAAAAGCGGUAAAAUCAAAAUCGAAAAACAAAAAUAAAACAAACAGCAAAAACAUCAAAACAGUGUAAAGAAGACAAAACAAACACUUAGAAAACAACCGUAAAUAGACAACAAAAUCGCCCCUAAAGAUCGAACAAAUAUACACAUGUUUACACUAAGAUGUACACAUAUUUUGUUACGUUAGUAAGUUUUUUACAUGUAUAAACACACGUAGCCAAGCGUCACACGCAAAUACGUACAGAGCGCGAAUCAGGAAAAGCUACAAAAGCUGUAGCAGUAACAGCGGCAGCGGAGCGGAAAAGAAAAAUGUUUCACACAAGAGCUACUAGCCUAACUAGCAAAACACACACACGCAAAGCAAAGCAAAACAAAACCUCAAAAAAAAACUAACCAAAACCGAAAAUCCAGGUGACAAAUGUGCAGAACCUGCUGGUGCUGGUGAGCUUUUCCGCGCUACAUUUACGUUCGUGGUGUUAGUUUUGCUUCGUUCCUUUCCUGCCUCACGCGCACUGCACAGUAGGAUGCAAUUUAUUUUCAUCAAACUAACCAAAACCUUCGCUCGUUUACGUUUGCACUCUUGCUUUGUUGGUUUGCGUUAACCGAUUUUUCGCCUUAGCGGCUUACCUUUCCGUGACCUUUCUACUCUGUAAUGCCGUCUUCAGCAUUCGCGCAAGCAACAGCACUGCAACUUUACACCGCUAAUAAACUUUUCACUGUGAGCUAACACACAAUUUCCAAAUGAAGUUGUAUGCCAAAAAACAAACCGCCACAUAAUGAUGCCAGUUAAGAUCAGGAAAACGCAAGAACGCAACACAACACAAUGGCAUGGCAGGUUCUCCUCUUCCACGCUUCUCGUCUCACUGCUUCGUCGCUUUAUAUUUCCAUUUUCACUGCUUCAAAAUGGAAAACUAAAUUUAAGACACAUGGAAAAAAUAAGAUAAAUCAAACCACACUAUUGGAGCCAAACAGGGUAGUAGUUCUAAAGGUUUAACAAACAAACAAACAAACAAAACGAAGAAAGUUCAUCUGUUUCACUGUUUACUGAACAAAAAAUUGAGUAUGUUGUAAUGGGCAGUUUUCUCAUUCAAAGUGGGGGAAAAAACGAGGAAAAACACUAAAAUGUACCGCGCCCAACUAUUUCGCUGUGUAGUUGAAGAUAGUUAAUACAUCGCAACCGAAAAGGGCAAAUCAAAACCUACACACUUUAAGCGUUUAAGCCACUCUGUCUCUUUCUAGCACUCACUUACUUAAAUCUAUAUUGCUAUAAUGCGCCUAAUAUGACUCCCCAUCCUCUGACCAAACCCUCUCCCAAUGUAAUGGAAAACACACUCUACCAAAAAAAAUGUACGUAAAACGAAUUUGAAACAUUUCCAAACCUCUCUAGAUGUUAGACUAUCAUAUACCAAUGGCAUGUAAUGGCGGCGAAUGUAUUGGAUGGUUUUUAGUUUUCUUUUACUCGACAUAAUGAUUUUGUGAUAUAAAAACCCCUUUUCACGUGCUCACCAACAAAACCGAAUUUAAAAAAGCACAUUCUAUUUUGAAUGUUUGUUUGCUGAAGUUGACUUGUUUGCGGUUUGUUCUUUCCCUUAAAAUAGCAUUUAAUGUGUUUGUUUCUCUCUGAUAUUGUUAUUUGGUUAUUUUGAUAUGCAGUUAUUUAUUGAGGUUCAUUUUCUUUGAUCAUUCUGUUUUUUAAAUAUUUGCUUAUUUUCUAUUUUAUUUAUAUUUCUUUUGCUACUAUUUCCUCUGCACUAUUAUUUGUUCGUGUUUUUUGUUUAUUCAUCAAUUUUAAAAUUGUUUUACUUUGGUUUAUGGCUUGCUUGCUGUUUUUGAUGACUUGUCUACUCUGGUAAAAUAGUAUAAGUCUGUCUACAGUGAGUUUUACAUUAUUGAAUUUAUGUUCUUUAUUAUUCUGCUAAUCAAUUUUGAUUGUUUUUGAUCUUUUCUGUUGUGAAAUAUUAUCAUGUUUAUUAUUCUAGUUUUUUUAUAGUUUGUGAUACAUUUUUGUUUAUGUGUUUGUACCUUUCCUUUAGAGUCUGAUCGGUAUGUAUUUUCCUAGAAUUUGUGUAUUUUUUAUAAGAUAAACCUAUUCAAAUGCCUUUGUUUUGAACAUUUUCGAUACCAACCUGUUCCAUGCAAAUAACAUCGUAAAACAAAUUGAGCAGUAACAGAACAUAUUACCGUAGCUAACAAUACAGAGCAAAACUAACCCUCAUACAAAAGAUCUAUAGAGUCUAUCUGGAGAAAAAUCACGUUUCUUCUUACAUGUCUUACGCACAUUGGCAUGCACUAACCAUAGCCACCUCGCACACGCACCCAAUCAAAACACUAAACUACUCUGCGCGGGUAUGGAAAUCAAAUGUAACAGCAAAAAAGGUGUACUACAGCCGCGGUAGCAUAAUUGAACGGGAAACAACAAAAAAACGAACCACUUUUUAAACUACUUAAAAUCGAUGUUUGUCGUGCCCAAAAUGUGUCACUCUUUCGUGUCGAUUUUCUUCUCGUAUCUGCUAUAAGGUAGGCUACAUCUACAUCUACACCUAGGAUCUAAUCGUUGUUUCAUCUGCAUUCAUUGAAGUAAGAAGGGCAGGAGAUGCAUGAAACCACUUUGGUUAUAGUAGCUCAACCACAUUUGCACCGCCAGUAAGGGGUAUAGGGCUUGCGCUGCCCAAAAGCCACUACGUUGAAGGGGAAAACACGAUACGCAAGGAAAGUUACCACGAGCUAGGAUGUUAAACGAUGCUAUGCAGAUAUCCGUUUGCUGUAGCUGUAUGUUGAAGGCAGAGCGUUUCACCAGAAGCCGUACCAUGAAAUGUGACGAAUAAAGAAACAAAAUCUUUAUCAACUCAAAUGUUGAUUGUACCCAA